AUGAUCCAAAAACAACAGCCUUUGCGGGUUCGGAUCCUCGCAGUUCCAGACUGUCCGUUGGUCCCAAGGGUGCAAGAUCUUGUCGAUCAAUGUCUGACCCAGACACAUAUCCAAACGGCCGUUGAAACCACGAUCGGGGACUACAGCUCCCCCACGCUUCUAAUCAACGACUUCGAUGUCACAGGUCGAACGACGUCGAUCAGACAGAUCUCUUGUCGGCUUGAUCUUCCGAAGCCGGAAGAAAUCAUCGCCGCGCUCCGUGUCAUACCCAUCUUAGACUGUCACGAUCCGCAUGAGAAACUGAUUCUUGCCAACGCAUUCCAAGCGAUUCUUGCCACUGGGCGCCGCGUUAGCAUCUCAGACAUCUGCACAUCAACGAAGCUAGACGAGCAAACUGCCCUGCAACGCAUAGCAUCCAUGCGAAAUGCCGGCUUCUUGAAGCUAGAUUCUGACGGCCAUAUUGCGGCCGCCGCUGGUCUGAGUACUACGCCAACCAAGCACCAAAUUACCCUCAAGGGUCAAAAACUCUGGACUUGGUGCCCAUUGGAUAUUAUUGGCAUCUUUGGCGCUCUCGAUGCCUCCGGUUCCGGGACAGCAUGUGUUCCAGGAACAAAUGAGAUGAUCCAGCUCAGUUUCGAAGAUGGGCGGGCUCGCGAAAUUGACGGCGCCAUGCUAUUUCUUGUAAAUACGUCUACUGCUGCCUCGCUGUGCAGUGAUUGGUGUCCGAAUAUCGGUCUCUUUCCCUCCAAAUCUGCCGGUGAAUCUUGGAUGCAGGAGAAUGUCAUCCAAGGUGAUCUGAUAUCGGUAGCUAGCACUUUCAACGUAGCUCGGGAAGUUUGGCGUAGGAUACUUCGAGGUUAA